GGAUGAUGUAAGUGCAUUGAUUGAAGGUGUCCUUUUGCACUGUAAGAGAAGGGAACUUGUUUUUCUUGUCUUCACAGUACAGAAAGUUUAAGCAAACAAGGAUAUCUCAGAACAUAGAGAGAAGGUUCUUCAGACGGUUUUCUGCAGCGUCACAUAUGAUGAUGAAGCAGUGAACGGAACACAAAAUUAAAUGAAAAGAAGAUACAUUACCAGGGUGAUAAGCGAAGAAUGGAGAUACUUCAAAUCUAAUCAAUCCUUGUAUUUCACAGUCCACAGUAAGAGGGAGUGGAUUUGAUUUAUGUUAUAUGUUGAGCACUUUUCAGUGAUAAUAUCCUUUUUUGGUCUUUAUUGACAAUUAGACGUGCCUCAACGACUGUUAAUAAUCAUUUAUAAAUAUUUUGUACUGUGUUCAAUAUUUUCUGUGUUACUCUUUUCUUUUAUUCCGGCAGUUUCCUUAACAAGCUUAAAUGAAUACUCCAAUGUUUAUAGUCUUGUACUAAACCUUUGUCCUAAAGGUCUGGUUUCUUCGACUCUGAUUUGCACUGAUCAAGGACUCCCUUACCCAAUGUAACACUUUUUAUUUUGAACAGGGAUAUGGACUCACCCGGUUCCUUCCGACUUUCCUUCGCAAGUCUACGAAUGCCUUUCUCAGAUGGCGUCAAAUACACUCUAUUGGGAAUCUCAGUCUCUCUGUUUGCAAUUGCAGCACUCAUACUAACAUGGCAGUUGUAUCAAUACUUCAAGCGCAAACCAAAACCCAGCGGAAAAGUAAAGAGCUAUCAAAGUGUGGAUGACAAACAGGCAGGGAACACUAUUUUUGAAGCAGCUGAUAAAGAAUCAGAUAUUCAGAAGCAUGAUUACAAGGUUCAAAAACUCGAAGAUGAAAUAAAAAAACUGAGCAGGUGCCUUUCAGCAACUUCGUCGAUUAGUGAGCAAGACAGCGCUGACUUUCAGAGCAUCACAGAGGCGGACGCUCAGAUGAACAUCCACGGGAAGCUCAGAUUCUCUGUGUCCUACAAUAGAGAGCAGUCCCAGUUUGCUGUGACUGUCCUGGACGCUACAGAUCUCCCGGUCCGAGACUUCAGCCAAAGCACCAACCCCUUUGUCAAGGUAAAGCUGCUGUCCGGACUGCUGUCCAAGCAGCCUAAUCUCCAGUGUGUCCUUCAGGAGUGGGAAACCAAGACGGUGAAAAACAGCAGGAACCCUGUCUUUGGGAGCCAGUUCUCCUGCCCACUGACCGAGAAAGAACUGAAGACGAUUACUCUCAAAUUAGAGGUCAGGGACUUUGACAGAUUCUCAAGACACAGUGUUCUUGGAGAAUUGAGGACACACUUGAACAAUUUAAACCUGUUAUCACAUCCGGUUGAGAUCUCCGAAGAGCUACAGAAGUUAAAUAAGGACUCGGUUGGAGAAAUACUUCUGUCUCUAAAAUAUCUUCCUACUGCCCAGAGAAUAGAAGUGGGGCUCCUAAAGAUUAAAACAGCUUCACUGACCAGCAAUCAAGAUAAAGCUUUGUAUGCAAGAGUCACCAUAGUCUGCAACCAGUGUAGGUUGAAGCACCAGAAAACCUCUCUGAAGUCAAAGUGGGGAAUUACUGUAUUCAAUGAGGUCCUGACAUUUUCACUGCUAGACUCUAACAUAAGGGAGUGUGUGAUUGCUGUCUCUGUUUAUGAAACUAUUGUCCAUCAAAAAAAUAGCAAGCGCCUGAUUGGACAAGCGAUCCUGGGGAAAAGGAAGGCCGGUGAAGAUGAGCACUGGUGUCUGAUGAUGCAGUCCCUGCGCCAGCCAAUCGCAAAGUGGCAUUCCCUUUUAAUAUAAAAGUGUGGUUACCAACUAUGGUGCAAAACUAUUUUUAAGAACCUCCCGCCACAACAAUUGAGUGUUGGCCAGCAUAGAUGGGUUCCAUUGCUGAUCAGAGGGGGUUGGGGCAAAUCGAGCAGAUGUAUGCACCUGCCAACCAAGCGUCUACCAUCAGCCCUCCUGUCAAGGUCUGUCAAAUCUGUUGUCUUGCCCAUCAUGACUGAAACUGACUUGAAACAGGGACAUGCAGCCUUUAUAUAUUACAGAAUAAUUGUCCGGGAUUACAGCCUGUUUUUUAAAAAGAAGAGGCCGAAUAACUGGCUAACUGACAUUUUCCUUUCUAAAAACAUUCUGGUUUAUGUUUAUAAUACAGACUAUCCCUUUGGUCAAUCUUGUUGGUUAGAUUUGGGAAAUACAAUAAAUAUAUUUUUCUUUAGUUCAUCCUUUAAUGUCUGGAUGUAUGUGGUAUUAGAAAGACUUGGGUUAGGCUUAAAAACACAUUGUGGAAUGAAAUGGAGGAGCCAUUCAGUCAGUUCCGUCAUUAUAUAAAUGGCCCAUAAUGAAGAUUAAAUAAUUAAGGGCCUGGUUGGUACAACAUCCUAUAAAUUAAAUGGAUUGCAAGACCCAAGGUUGAUUACUGAUUUUGAAAACAACAGUAUUUAUUAGACCAGUAAUGAGGGUCAUUUGAGCACUCCUGUGCCGAGUCCACUGGAGAGAGUCAGAGUGGUUCAUACUGCCCUGUAGUGUAAGGAGAGGAGAUACGUUUCACUUCAUUGUCUACAACAGACACUAAAGUGUUAAUUUCCCCCUCAAGGGACUUUCCAAGGGGCGAUUUAGAGUUCAUCCUGAGAGGAAUUUAUGUGGAAGAUAAACAUUGCCAGCAAUUCAUUUUGAUUUGAUGUACUUUGUACUUUUGUGGAAAGUUUCACAAUAACAGAACAGAGAUACUAUUAAUAAUGAAAAAAGAAAAUAUAUAUAUAAUGUAUAGUUUAAAUUGCUGCAAAUGAGUAUUAAGGCUGUAUGCAUGAGACUUUGUUAAUAAAUACAAUAGGGUUUGAUAUUAAGAGUAGUUCAUGAGUGUUUGUAAACCUUCCUUGAAGAAUAGAGUGUUUUGUUAUAGUGAACCUCAUGCCCUUAUUAGUAGCCCAUUGUACAGUGCAUUUUAUGCAAAGAAAAAAUAGCGUGGCUAUAAGAACUGAUAUUUCUGUUUUCUUGGUGUAACUUUCACACAGGGGUGUGUGCAGGUAUUCAUUUGGGGCAAAAUGGAUAUUAUACAAAAAUGUUCAAAUUAUUAUUUUGGUAUGAUCUCUUGCCUGUAAAAUGCUGUACAGUAUAUCAAUAUUGUGAUUGGUUAUUAUAGCCUUAUAGAAAAGCUUGAAAAAUACUGCUUGAAUACCACAAUACCACGCAGCAAUCCAUUGCCAUGAGGAAACCAUCAGCUUAAUGUAUUCAGAACACAUAUUGCACAGUGCUCCUGGUACUAAUGUGGUGCGUGGUUCUGUAGUGGAUUAUCAUUGUGUAUUGAAUCUUACCAUUGUGAUUCUCUUGAUAUGUCCAAGUAACAUGUCACCAUCAUGGUACAGUACCCUAUACUAUUGUUACUGCCAUUUGCUACCAUUGCUCCAUAGUACAAAACCUACUGCACUGCCAGUAAAGAUUUUGACAUGUAACAUUUGACAUUCCAUUAAAUCCCAUUGCUUCAGUAACAUCUUCGUCAUCUGUCUGUGGUUUAAAAUGGUUCAAAGUGGCAUCGCUGCAAUGUGGAUAAGGUUCUGAUCAAACCUGAACUGUUCAGAAUCCUAACCCAACAUCAAACCCAACAUCGCUAUAAAGAUAACAUCCCACGAAGCAGGGCAAGGGGCUGACCGUCCAGGUCUCCCUCAGCAGGUUGUUUUAUCUUUUGAGAACAGCAGAAGAGUACUCAUAAGCUACUUGGAAUAUAAUAUUGUUCCUAAAGGUCACCUGAUUUCUUAUGUAAACCUGCUUCAAAGAAAAAAACUCUCCCUUACAAGUCAAACAAGACCUCCGAAGACAUACCUGUUCUGUCCAAUUGAUAGUUAAAAAAACAAUUAAGGGCUCACUGCCCUCCCACUCAGCAAACCUAAUGAAAUGCAUAACACAUGCCUUUAGAGAUUAUAUUAUAUGAAAGGUGCAAUGCCAGGUACAUAGA